GAGUCAGUCGGUUCUGAAGUGCUGGUUUAGCAAGUUCGUUUAGCUUUCUAUCUGUCAUUUUGUUUGCUGCAUUCGGAAGUAAAUAAACAAACAAAAUGAAUGCGUGGAAUUUAUUAAUGUGAAACACAAGAUUGUAAUCAUACAAACACGCACACAUACAUAUACAUAUAUGUAUGUAUGUAUAUAUAGUAUGCAAAACCAUAUGCAAUUAAAGAUUUUAAGUUACACUGUGAUCUUAAAGUUAAUCUUAACUUUGCGAGGAGCCUACUUUAAUUUAUCAGUAUUUGUAAAAUGUUCAACUGACGCAGACAGCGAAUUUACUUAAAUUAACUGUUGAGUAGAAGAGUAGCGAGCGAUCUACAAAAUAUCAAAUAUAUAUAUAACUCAUGUAAGCCGUUUUUGAGGCCAUGUGGUAUAAAAAUGCCAAUGCAGAAUGAACAGAAUGCCGAAAUAAUCAAAAGUAUUUGGAAUUAUAAUAAAUUCGAAAUUGGAGGAAUUGGAGGACAACUUCGACAUGGGCUAGUGCAAGGUGCACGCCAAAUUUAUUCUAUUAAAGGAGAAGCUAGUAAACAUCUAUCCAAAUAUUAUAUUGUAUUUAAUCUCUUGAAUAUUAAAAGAGAACGGGAACUGGCAAUACAACAACUGAAACGACUUCGGACACAUGUUAUGUAUUUAUCGUACACAUUAACAAAAUUAUGUCUUAUCAUUGUCUUACUAUUGCCAUUCCUAAGUAUACAACAAACCAAUGCUCAAAAUAUUUUAGACCCGAUUCCUUUAUCAAUUGCCAACUCCAAUUCAGUUGUAAACAGCUUCAAGAUUAUACGUAACAAAACUCAUCAGGCUCAUCAAAUACCUAAAACUAUUCGAAGAAAUCCACUAAGCUUCUACGAAUACUAUAACAAUCAUUCAAACGGAAAGGAAAACGGAUAUAGUCUGAUAAUUUUAAGUCAAUCUAAACAUUUCUACGCUCAAGUUGUCCAUGAGGCAAAUAAUAAGUUCUUAAGUACAAAUUCCGUGCAAAACGUGAAUUCUUUCACUUCUGCCUCGACAAAUCGAACUAAACGAUAUAUUAAUGUUAAAGAUAGUACUGCGUCAAUACAUAAGAUUAUAAAUAAAAAAGAAGCUAGCAGCCAAAUAUUGAAAUCAACAUCAGGUGAACACAAAAACAAUCACAAUAUAUACAAAAACUCAAAAAAUAGUCAAGAUAAACUAACCAAACUAGUUAUGAAUGGACUUGGCUUAAAAAAACUUCCAGAUAUGAAAAAGGCAAAUAUAAGCCAAAUCGAAUACUCAAGGAAAUAUAUCGAAUACUUAGAGCGCCUUAGAAAAAGAGAAAUUCGGAAAAACAAUGACGAUGGCGACAUGGAGAAUACUGCAACUCAUCUUCAGAUUUAUAGCAUCGUAACAAGUAAAUUUAAGGACAUUACACGUAAACGAAGGCAUAGUAGUGAACGUGCCAUAAGAUCAACGAAACACUUUAAGAAUUCCCAUAGACGUGUUGGCAAUCAUAACAAACUGGAGGAAAACGAUAAGACAAAUAUUCUUUUACACUUCCCAUUAAUGGUAGAUGAUGCUCAAUUCAACUACGAGCAAAUCAAUGAGGCUAAUGUGAGGCUAAUGAUUCUAUAUAAUCCAUCGCUGGCUAUACACUCAAGGUCAGUAGAAACUGAUUCCAAAGCAUUUCGUCGAAAAAGCAAUAAUCGAUAUUAUAAAAAGCAUGCACAAAACGGAACGGACUGUAAAAACGAUCAUAUUAAUAACUAUCCUAAAUCAAAAACAUUCAUUCAAAAACCAAAACCAAACAAUAGCAAAAGGAAAAAACACAUUUUAAAUUUAAAAGUCUAUCAAUUGCUGAGAUUGAACAAACGUCAAAUUCUAGACGGCCGUCAAAUUGAGUUCGAUAACGAUUUGAAUUAUAGCGCCACGAGAGGAGAUGAAACUUACAGUCAAUGGCUGGAAUUCGAUGUGACCGUAGCAGUUCGAUCCUGGCUGAACAAGUCUCGCGAAAAUCUUGGCAUUGAAAUACAAUGCGAUAAGUGUAAACGUAUAGGAGCAAGGAUAUUAAGUGAAGUUUCAACAUUAAACCCGCAUUUAAUUGAAUCCACAUCCCACCACAUCCAAGACCAAUUUCAUUUGACGCCGGUGUUAAACAUUAUUGGUCAGAUUGGUCGGACGCACAGUGAAGAAGCAAUUCACCCACAAACUCUAAAUUUGAAGUGGAACAAUCAAAGUCAUAACGACUAUUUUUACCAUCGUUAUGGACAAGGCCAAGGUUCCAUAAAAAAAUUGCCAAAUAGUUGCUAUAGAGCGCAUCAACGGUGUUGUCGACAUCAAUUGGACGUUGACUUCAAGAACAUCAAGGGUUUCGAAUUUAUCAUUCAGCCAAAAACUUUCGAUGCUGGAUAUUGCAAGGGUCGAUGUCCUCCACGCCACAAUCCAGCUCACCACCAUGCACUUUUGCAGAGUCUAAUAUGGCAACAAGAUCACAAUCGCGUACCUCGACCGUGCUGUGUCCCUUCAAAGCUCACCGAAAUCGAGAUAUUACAUGUGGACGAAGAGCAUAGUGAUAAGCUAAAAUAUCGACAUGGAGCAAUAUGCAAGUUAUAGAAUGUGCUUGCUCUUGAAAAGGAAGCGAAUUUUGACUUGUUAUGAUUUGUUAUGUUUUAACAAUAUAUUGUACAUUGUAAUCCUCGAAAAAUAUUUUUAUUCGAUAUAAAUAAUAAUAAUAAUAUUAGCAAACAAUAUUGGUAUAUUUAUUAAAAUUAUUUUAUUUAUGGCUAAUCGUCGGCUUGUGGAUUCUAACCCAAAUCUAAGUUUCUGAAAAUUACAAAUGUAGUUUUUCUGUAGUAUAUCGUCAUUGUCUUCAUAUUUACAUACAUUAUAUAUAUAAUAUAUAAUAUGCAGACAAUGACAUGGAAGCAACAUGAUUGUCUAGUAUUAAUAACACUAUUAGGCAAUCUAUAUUUAUUACUUCCGAUUCUACUUUGCUUUGCUUUGCAAAUUAUAUUUAUUUAUUUAUUUACAUGUUAAUUACUAUGUUAAAAAUUAUAAUAACUAAAAGAAGGGAGUGCUAGCUGCUAAGGCAGCUAGUUGAUAGUUAACGUCUAAGAAUUAUUUGCAAAUUAUAAAUGAUUUAAUUUCUUAAGACAAUAUGCAAAAG